AUGUAAGCAUACUUUUGCAACGCUCUGCAUUGUGUCAUAUACUCCAUCAGCCGUUUCCAGUCUUCUCCGGUCGAUGGCAUCGCUGAUUUCUGGUCUCAGAAGGCGGCGUUGGGGGGAAAUGUCGACGUCUUCAUGAAUUUGAUCAAGCUGGGCCUCGGCACCCAGGAGACGACAUUGUUUGGCCUCCCAGCGUUACAGGUGUUGUGGUUGAUGGGACGCAGUGCAGAAGAGGUUGUCAGUGUAAUGAGGCUACUCGCUCUCAGCGGCGACCUUGACGAGUAUUUGCCGUCGCUUUUUCAGGAAAGAGGCAAAUACAUUGCAAGCGAUUCCAUUGAUUUGGCGUGCAGGCUUUGACUUAUGGGGCACACGAGGCUUCGGAACGAGACUUUGGGACGGAAAAGAAAUUCGAAAGCUGGCGCAAACUUGCGCGACGGAUCUUGCCUGCCGCGUCAAUGGAAGCUUUGACUCAGACCAAUGCUGUGCCGCUGCGUCGAGAGCACAAUCUAUCGCCGUUGUUCAGUGGCUUGUUUUUCUUGGAUUUUUACUUUGGAUGUUUCGACAUGGAGAAGCGCGAAUGGCAACGUCGUAUGUCCAGAGUGGUGGUCAUGUGGCUCGAAGAUAUUCGGUCUUCAGGCACAGACCUAGACGAAUACGGUGCGGCAGUGCGAAAGCUAUACCUCGACAACGCAUGGUUACAUGGCUGGCGGUGGCACUUGCUUGGAGGCAGGGGGCCGCGGUUGGUUGCGCUCACAAGUGGUCCCAUGCCUGAGGACUGGAAGCUGCACUGGGACUGGGACUGGGACUUGGAGGACGACGAGUUUGCAGCUGAAUUCUGGGAGAUGUUGGAGAACUCGCCACUGCGCAUUCCGGGACGAAUGAAGUACUGAUAGGGGUGAUUGCUUCGGUGGCAGGGGGGUACGGAUGAAGCUUGAAUGACAUAGCGUAAGAACUUCUACAACUUGACGAACUCUCGGCUGAAAAAGAAUGCCCUUGGUGGAAUGAUUUGAAAUAUGAAAAUGAGUGAAGUCUCGAGAGC